GACAUGACAACGGUAUCACGCGAUAGCAGGGCUGUAAGCCAAUCAUCUAGUUGUGAGUCACAAGUUUGUCAGUCUCUAGAAACGUUGGUGGGAAGUAUUGAGUCGAAGGUUAAUAACCUUGCAGCCGACGUUCUUUGCAUGAAUGAGAACCUAAAAGUAAUUGAUUUCAAGCUUCAGUUGCAACAAGGUAAUGAGCAAGUCUGUCAAAACCAGCUUCAGGUACUACAAGGUAAUGAGAAACUAUAUCAAAACAAGCUUCAGGUACUACAAGGUAAUGAGCAAGUCUGUCAAAACAAGCUUCAGGUACUACAAGGUAAUGAGCAAAUGUGUCAAAAUAAGCUUCAGGUGCUACAAAGUAAUGAACAAGUCUGUCAAAACAAGCUUCAGGCACUACAAAGUAAUGAUCAAGUCUGUCAAAACAAGUUUCAAGAGCUACAAGGCCAGGUGCUAGUCAUGCAAAACAAGUUACAAGAGCUACAAAACAAUUUUCAAGAUAAUCUAAAGGCUACAAUGAUAUCCGUGAUGAAGAUGUUCUUAUCGCCAAAAUUUCUCACGCUGGAGAUGUGUAAAAGAAAUCAACAAGCUGCUACGAAAUAUGUAGCUGUCCUCAUUGUGAAAGACGUGGAACAGACCUGGUGUGAUACGGUUACUGACGGUGGAGGAUGGGUUGUCAUUCAGAGACGUAUAAGCGGUGGCGUUGAUUUCAACAGAACGUGGAACGAAUAUAAAGAGGGAUUCGGCUCAAUAUCUGGCGACUUUUGGCUUGGGAACGACUUGAUUUCACAGCUGACUAUGAAGGGUUACAAUGAACUAAGAUUUGACAUGAAGUAUAAAGGCAAAGAUUACUACUCGGUGUACAGCGGUUUUAAGGUAGAAAAUGAAGCAGCGCUGUACAAGAUGAGAUAUUCGUUAUGCACUGGUGGGAAUGUUAAAGAUGACUUCUUUCUAAACAGCGCCAUGAAUUUUUCGACUAAGGACCGAGAUAAUGAUUUGUUUAGUAAUUUAAAUUGCGCAUUAUAUAAUCUUGGUGGCUUUUGGUGGAACGCCUGUGGUGAAGUUAAUGUCAAUGGCGUUUGGGCGAGCAAAGAAUUCGGAAAAGAAAUGGGAUGGUAUAACAUUACAGGUCGAUAUAACUCUCUGGAAUUUGUUGAGAUGAAAGUUCGUCUUAUCUAACCAGACUGAGAGAAAAGUUGGUCUUGUCUAUUCUGAUUGAUUGUUCAGUAAA